CAGCGCCGCCUCUACAUGCCCCCUUUCCGGUGGUAGACCCUUAGCCGAGGCUAUCCUUGGGCGAAUAUCACCGAUUCGCCAUGGCAUUCAUAAAGCUUGUGAAGAACAAAGCGUACUUCAAGAGGUACCAGGUCAAGUUCAAGAGGCGUAGGGAGGGUAAGACCGACUACUAUGCCCGCAAGAGGCUGGUUGUUCAGGACAAGAACAAAUACAACACUCCCAAGUACCGUCUCAUUGUUCGCUUUACGAACAAGGACAUCAUUUGCCAGAUAGCGUACGCCCGUUUGGAGGGAGACGUGAUCGUGUGCGCCGCAUACAGUCACGAGCUGCCCCGCUACGGCGUCAAGGUCGGGCUCACCAACUACGCGGCCGCGUACUGCACCGGUCUGCUGAUAGCGCGUCGUCUGCUGAAGAAGAUCCAGCUGGACAGCGUGUACGAGGGCAACCAGAACGUGGACGGCUCCGACUACCUGGUCGAGCCCGUGGAGGAUGGGCCGGGCGCAUUCCGCUGCUACCUGGACGUGGGCCUGGCGCGCACCACCACCGGCGCCAAGGUGUUCGGCGCCAUGAAGGGAGCCGUGGACGGCGGCCUGGACAUCCCGCACAGCAACAAGCGAUUCCCCGGCUACGACAGCGAGGCCAAGAGCUUCAACGCCGGCGUGCACCGCGACUACAUCUACGGCCAGCACGUGGCCAACUAUAUGCGCCACCUGCAGGAGGACGAUGACGACGCGUACAAGCGUCAGUUCUCACGGUUCAUCAAGCUCGGCAUCACUGCCGACGGGGUGGAGGAGAUGUACAAGAAGGCGCACUCUUCCAUCCGCGCCAACCCCGAGUUCAACCCGCCGCCCAAGAAGAAGGUGCAGAAGAAGCGCUUCAGCGAGAAGAAGCUCACCUACGAUCAGCGCAAGGCCAAGGUCAACAAGACCAAGGAGGACUUCCUCAAGCAGUUGGCCGAUGGUGACGAGCCCGAUAUGGCGUAAUUUGUUGUACUUUUUACAUCGGAAUACACGAUCGCCCGGCAC